UUUUUUUUUUUUUUUAUUAUUUAAAGUAUUACAACAUUAAACAAGAUAAAAUAAGGUCUGGAAGACGGGGUCGCCAUCCAUGACUCGAGCAGCGUCAAAUCGAAAGCAAAGUGCAGGAAGUGCAUCUACGAGUACCAGACCUGGCCCAGUCUUCAGAGGCCGAGAUGUUGUAUUUGUUGAUCCACUCGAUGACAAGGAAAGUUACUGGUGGCCCGCAAUGAUCGUUCCUGUUCCAGAGAUCGAUUCAUCAAUGGAUUGCACGGUCUUGAACCCGGGCGAAUGUCUAGUCAAAUACUUUGAGGACAACAAGUACUCUGUCGUACCUUUCACCGAUCUACAACCAUUCGUCCCAACAACCAUCCCAUUCCUCGAAUUUGAGCUUGCGGCUGGUCAAAAGUUCCUCAAGAAUGGUGGCGUGGUCAAUGCAAUGGCUUAUCUCGAAUCCGGUAAGGUCAAGCGCAAAUUCUCUUGGUAUCGCUGGGGUACAGCACAAGAUCAGGAGCUUAGUCUUGAUAUGCUCAAGCACAACAAACCCAUCUCACUGCCUUUGGUCACCGAUGAGGCAUUCAAUGACAUGCAGCAAACUAUGCAGCGUGGUCCUAGUAGCGGUAUCUCUUCUUCAGAGGCAUCUUCACCUACGACCUCGGCCAAAAACUUCACAGAUAGCGAGAAUGACAGCCCUAGGACUUCAUCUUCUUCAAUAUCAUCGUCAAUAUCAGCAAUUAUUAGCAACGGUGGUAAUCUGAAGAACGGUUUGCAGCGGUCAAAUGCUGGAGCGACAUCUCAGUUGAUAGAAGGCCUGCUCCCUUCGCCUGUUAGUCUCAACGAUCUGCCAACAGAGUCCAUGGAUGAAACAGAGUUCAGUCCCCGUUCAACGAGGGCCAAGGUGGAUGGAACCUUGAAAAAGGAUAAUCCCAUCACGCCUUCACCGAGCCGGUCACGUUCCCGUCGAGGCAGUAGGGACACUGACAGCAAGGCUAGCGUAGCUUCUACUGAAAAGGAAACGAUGAACAAGCGAUCCAGAAACGUCAGCGAACAGUCAUUUUCAUCGUCUUCUCCUAACUCCAACACAACGACAGUGCCACCGACCUCCAUACCAGGAAUGGCUGCAUCUUCUGAAACAUCCACACAUGGAGCUGCUCACAAGAAACGAAAGAUGACAGGGGGUCCAUCUGUACUGAUUUACCCUCAAAAUACCACGCAAGAUGGUGUAACCUCUGCUUCCAACCGUUCGUCUAGGCAGGGAUCUGCAGAACCUUCUCCAUCCCCUCGAUCGACCCGGCACUCUUCUCGAAACUCAAAGUCAUCAGAUCCCGGCCAGCAAAGCCAAAGCCCAAACAGUGAAGAGCUCGUAGAGUCACCUCAAGAGGCAACAGGACCCGUACGAUUACAAACUCAGCGUAUGACAAGACAACGAUCCACUCCUAAGAGCGCAAUGGGUGUUACUGUUCCAUCCCCCUCUGUCCUAUCGGAUAAAGCGAGUCCUACAGACACCCCUAUGAAGGAGGAGGUCGUUGAUAAUGGGGAGACGCCUCAAAAGGAUGAAAAUGAUGUUAAAUCAUCAGCCGGGGAUGUAGAGCAAAAGGGGCAAAGUGGCACGAUACAGAAAACAGAAGAUGACUCGACGGCGAUGGACGUGGAUGCGCCAGGGGAGCUCAGAGACGACAGCAAAAUAAAGCACCAGGAUUGCGAACAAUCCUCCUCAUCUUUACCGCAAUUAACUCUUAUGUCCUUAUCUGAAACAUCCUCCUCCUCGUCAUCACCGUCCUCAAUAGGCCUUGAGGAAGAAUCACCAGAGAUAGGCUCUUCCAGCAAUGGUCUGCUCCAACCACUGGAGCGGGAGCGUCGCGAAAUAAAAUACAACUUUCAACAUGUGCUUCCGACGCUGGCGAUCGGAUCCAAAGAACGUGAGGCAUUCUAUGAAACCAUUAUGGACCACCUACUAAAGUUGAAGCAAGAACAUCGAAGGUUGAAAGAGAUUGUAAAAAACUCCGAUUACACGCCAAAGGGCCGUCGAGCAACACGAUCAUCUCCGCAGUAUCAUUCACAUCGGCAUCACCAUCACCAUUUAGAGGAGAAGCCAAAAAAGAGAAACUCGCCUGCUCCUCCCAAGAGAGAUUAUCCUAAUGGAGCAAACAGUGACGGCAUGGGAGCUGGCAAUGUCAAUGGUACCAAUGGCAGCAAUAAAUCAAAUGCCUCAAGUAAAGUUGGCUCGACAACUAUGACGUCAUCAACGACUUCAGGAUCAUCAAUACCUCCAUACCAAGGCUCCACGCCUUCAUCUGCAAUCUUGACGUCUAAUAUCUCGGCAACGACUCGUCGAUCAGCGGCUACGGCCGCAGCUGCAGCAGUAACUGCAGCAGUAUCUCGCUCGAGCCGAGGAAGCUACAAUACGAGCCAUCUAGAGAAGAAGCGAGCUAAUACAGCAUCAGCAGCAGCAUCGGUCGAUAAUACGGAAUCAACUGUUUCAACGCGAGCUAAGCGACGAGCACGAUAAAAAGCGAAGAUUCCCAACAUUCAAAUAUUGGUCGCCAAUUGUUCAAACAGCAUUGCAAAAAAUUAUUUUCCCCAUCUUUUUUUUUAACUUUUACUUUAUAUUUUAUCAUGCAUAACGGAGCGGAGUACAAGGGCAUUGAUCGCCUCAUCUGUGUAUGCUGAUGGUGUUUUAUUAUUAUUGUUAUUUUUUCCCUUUCUUUCAUUCACUUUCAUUCUUUCGGUUUAUCUGUAUUUCAUGUAGAAACUAUUGAC